AGAUGCUCUUAUACUGUGGUAGCUGGACCCUAGACUACACUUGAAACCAAACAACAUGAAAGACACCAUAGUCCUAUACCCAGCUCCAGGAAUGGGCCAUGUAGUCUCCAUGGUAGAGCUAGGCAAGCUCAUCCUCCACCACUACUCCUCCAAGUUCACCAUCAACAUCCUCAUCACCACCGGCCUCUUCGACACACCCUCCAUCCACUCCUACCUCAAUUCCAUCUCCCAAUCCACCCCUUCCAUCACUUUCCACCGCCUCCCUCCUCUCUCCACCGCCCCCACCACCUCCACCGCCCCCACCAUCAGCCCCGCCGCCAUUGCAUUCGAAUUCAUCCGCCGCAACGCCGCCAACGUCCGCCACUCUCUCCACCAAAUCUCCCAAACCUCAGCCAUCCGCUCCCUCAUCAUUGACUUCUUCUGCACCUCCGCUCUCCCCAUCGCCACCGCCCUCGGAAUACCCACAUUCUACUUCUUCACCUCCGGCGCCGCGGCCCUCGCCGCCUACCUCCACUUCCCAACAAUUCACAAACAAAUUCACAACAGCUUCAGAGACCUCUCCGCCACCGAAAUUCACGUUCCGGGUUUGCCCCCAAUUCGAGCGGUACAUAUGCCUGAGCCUGUACUCGACCGAGACGACCCGGCUUAUCAUGACAUACUCUAUUUCUCUUCUCAUCUACCCAAGUCAAAUGGAAUCAUAGUCAACACAUUCGAAGAUCUCGAGCCAAUACCCAUUAGAGCAAUCGCAGAUGGGUUGUGCGUCAUUGAUUCCCCAACUCCUCCGAUUCACUACAUCGGUCCGUUGAUUGCUGAACCUGAGAACAGAUCUAGGGACCACAAGUGUUUGAAAUGGCUCGAUUCGCAGCCGAAACGGAGCGUGGUGUUCUUGUGUUUCGGUAGCAGAGGAUCGUUCUCGGCGGAGCAGGUGAGGGAGAUAGGUAAAGGGUUGGAGAGAAGUGGCCAUAGAUUUUUGUGGGUGUUGAAAAAUCCGCCAAUUGAUGAGAAAAGCAAGCUGAUUCAAGAGCUGAGCGAGUUCGACAUUCAUGGAUUGAUGUCUGAAGGUUUUUUGGAGAGAAUUGGAGAUAGGGGCAUGGUGGUGGAGUCGUGGGCGCCGCAGGUGGCGGUGCUGAGUCACGACUCGGUUGGUGGGUUCGUGACUCACUGUGGGUGGAACUCGGUGUUGGAAGCGAUGGUCGCCGGAGUUCCGAUGGUGGCGUGGCCGUUGUAUGCGGAGCAGCACCUGAAUAAGGCGGCGAUGGUGGAGGAUAUGAAGAUGGCGAUUCCGGUGGAGCAGAGGGAGGAAGACGGGUUUGUGAGUGGGGCUGAGUUGGAGAGACGAGUUAGGGAGUUGAUGGACUCGGAGUGUGAGAGUGGGAGAGAACUCAGAGAGCGCAGCUUGGGGAUGAGAGAUAGGGCUUCGGCGGCUUGGGGAGAGUUGGGCUCGUCCACUGCUGCUGUUGGUCACUUGGCCCAACUCUGGUCUGGCCCAACUCAUUAAUUUCGAAAUAUUAUAUAAUAUUAUUUACGUAAUAUUUUUAAUUAAUUAUGUAAUUCAUAUAUUUUAGUGGGUGAGAUAAGGUGAACACAUUAUUGUUUGGAACCUGAGAGACAAACGAUGAGCUAUGAAGAAAAUUUUAUAGUACACAA